GUGUGUGUGUGUGCGUGCAUGCGUGAGUGUGUGUGUAAUGCUGGUAUCACUUGGUUUCUACUGGUGGCAGCUGUUGUGGGGUUUGAUUGAGCCAGAACUACUCUGUCUAUUUCUGGAGUCUGUGUUCUUCAAAAGGUCAGAGGAAAGACAGAGAGACAGAAAGAGAGAGAGAGAGAGAGCUAUUGACUGGGAUAAAGAGGACUACAGAGUGUGGACUACAAGGCUGAAAGAGAGAAGCAAGACAGAAGAAAAACCAAGUGUGAGGCAGGAGGAAGGAGACAAUAUCUCUUUUAACUUCUUGACUUGACUUCUUUGGAUUAUUAUCAAUGGAUGGUUCAGUUUGUGUUGAGCAGUCAAGAGACAAGGAGGACUCUGAGAGCGUCUCACCUGGAAACCUUCCGGAGGUGAACAAUAAUAUGGACUCAAGGGCAGAGGACACGGUGAAGGACACCAUCAUAGACAACCUCACUGAUGAGAAUGGGAACACAGACCAGGGGAAAGCAACCAAUGAGGAGAAUGGAGAGGAGGAGCCUCAUGAAACAGUGGCCAAUGAUGAAGAGGGAACCAAGAAUGGGGGAGGAGCCCCUGAAAAUAACAACAUAGAACAGAGCACAGAGGUAGAGGAAGUAAAGGACAAGACUGAGGACAAGACUGAGGAGAAGACUGAGGACAAGACUGAGGACAAGACUGAGGAGAAGAAAGAUGGGGGGGAGAAGAAAGAUGGGGGAGAAGAAAGAUGGGGGGAAGGAGAGAAGACUGAAAUAGAGAGUGGUGGAGAUGUAAAGGCAGACACAGAUGUAACGAAGGAGGGAGAGGGAGAAGACAAAACAGAGAGCCCAAACAGUAAAUCAGAUGAAAGGGAGGCCAGGGUUGACAAGGUGAAGAAUGGAGCAAAUGUGAGUGAAAAAGAGGAAAGCCUUCCUAAGGGGAAAGAAACAGACAAAAAGAAGAAGGAUGCCAAAUCUAAAAAAGAGGCAAAGCCUUCAGAAAAGCAGAAGGGAAAAGAUGACAAGAAACCAGCAGGGAAGUCAAAGAAUGAACCAAAGCAGGCGAAGGAGAAGGAGGCAGUGGGGAAAGAGAAGGAGGCAGUGGGGAAAGAGAAAGGGAGAGGUAAUGAAACGGAGAGAAAGAGACCCACAGUCCCAGUGUCCAUGCCACGUCCUAGACCAUCAGCACGCCCAUCCACACGCAGAGAUGCCAUGGCCAAGUUUGAACAAGGCCAACCUCCUGCUCAGCGAAACUUCAAGGUACAGCGUGUGUCAGUAGGUGUGGCCAAUGGAGGAUCGAUCAAACAGAAAAUCCUCCAAUGGUGUCGCAGCAAAACUCAACACUAUGAGAGUGUGACAAUUGAGAACUUCUCCUCGUCUUGGUGUAAUGGUCUGGCGUUCUGUGCCCUCAUCCAUCGCUUCUUCCCUGACGCGUUUGACUUUUCCUCGCUAAACGCCAACGAGAGAGAGAAGAACUUCACACUGGCCUUCAGCACAGCAGAGUCACUUGCAGACUGCUGCCCCCUGUUGGAUGUAUCUGAUAUGAUGCUGAUGGGGAAUAACCCUGACCCCAUGUGUGUUUUCACCUACGUGCAAUCCCUAUGUCACCACCUCUCCAAAAUAGAGAAGAAGAGGAAAGAGGAGGAGGAGGAGGAGAAAAAGAAGGCAGACGCUGAGGAGUCAGCAGAAGACGUGAAGAACAAGGGGGAAGCUGAGGACCAGAAGGCCGCCGGUGGGGAGGAGGAGGAGGAAGCACAAGAGAAAGCUGAUGGACUGAAAGAAAAUGAUGGCAAAGUGGAGUUAGAAAGUGAGGCUUAAGAGUUCUAAGAGUUAGGGGAAUGAUAACAAAAAAUGAGAGGCUACAAAGAAAGGAAAAGCGGGAAAGAGAGAGUGAGAGAAGAUUAAGAUUGGUAGUUAAUGGAGACAUUGAUAGUCUUAACGUUGCUCCUGCACUGUGCUGUUUGGUUUCACAGUUUACUAUGAACUAAUCACUUAAAGUGGCUGUUGCUUAUAUGUUUGUAAAGUUACCUUUUUACUUAUCUUAUCAUUUAUUUAUAUAAGUGUGUUUGGAAUUGUGAAAAAAAAAUGUGUAAUAAAUUAAACAUUUAUUAA